AUGGUCAAUAUCUUCCUGACAGGAGCGACGGGCUACAUUGGUGGCAGCGUCCUCUCGUUGCUCGCCAAGUCGCACCCCGACUACGCCGUGAGGGCGCUAGUCCGCGACAGCGCCAAGGGCAAGAUUAUCACCGGCGCCUUCAGCAAGGUCGAGAUCGUCGAGGGUGACCUUGACGAUGUUGAGACCAUCACUCGAGAAGCUUCCAAUGCCGAUGUCGUUGUCCAUCUGGCUGCGUCUGGGCACUUGAAAAGCGUUGAGACGAUUCACAAGGCCUUGUCGUCCAAAUCGGCAGAGCAGAAGCCAUCGCACUGGAUCCAGAUCUCUGGCGCCAGCGCCCUUGCCGCAGCGGAACUCGCCGACAAGUCCCGUAGCCCAGGCUCAGCAAGCAACCUCGUCUUCAACGACCUGACCGGCAUCGACGACCUGCGAUCAUUCAUCCAAAGAUACCCGAGCCGUGCCGUCGACAACUACCUCCUCAAAGUCGCCGCCGACGAGCCCAAAGUCAAUACAGCGCUAGUAUUCCCGCCCAUCAUCUACGGUCGGGGAAUCGGCCCAGUCAACCAGCGCAGCGUGCAGAUCCCGUCGCUGGCGAAAGCCACGCUGGAUCGCGGUCGCGGAGUGCAAGUUGGCAAAGGCCUGAGCCGCUGGGGAAAUGUGCAUGUUGAGGAUAUUGCGCAGUUGAUUGCCCGGCUUGUUGAGCGAGCUGCUGAGGCGAAGGGUGAGGGGGAGGUUUGGAACGAGAAUGGGCUGUAUCUCACUGGUGUUGGUGAAAUUUCGUUUGGCGAAAUCUCAAAAUUGGUUGCUUCCGCUGCUGCGAAGAAGGGUCUCAUUUCAAAAGACGAGGUUGAGGAACUUGGACCCGAAGAAGCGAACAAGGUGCUGCCCCACGGAACGGUGCUCUUUGGGACGAAUGCUCGCAGCGAGGCACUUAGGGCUAAGAAAGUACUGGGUUGGGCGCCGACAGGCGAGAGUUUGGAAGAAGAGAUCCCCAAAGCUGUGUCUUGGGAAGCUCCCGAGGUUCAGCACAGUGAACUGAAGCGAUGA